GGUAAAGAAUCUACCUCACUGGGAAUGUCGUCCUCACCACCCUUAGAUGGAUCUGACCAUCCAGCCCAUUCUUCAGGGCAGAGUCCUGAGGCUGGGAACCCCACGAGUCUUGCUCGCUCUGUAUCUGCUUCAGUCUGCCCUGUCAAGCCCGAUAACCCAGAUAGCACUGAACCUGAAGCUGUGACGGCCUUGGAGGCUUCAGACGGAUUCCAGAUAAACUCUAAGCAGACAGACCGCCUUCCUCUCCAGGGCCAUUCUCCCUGUGCUGCUGCCGCAGCCCCGAGCUCAGCUAUGCCUUUGCGGCAUUCAUCUGAAGCAGCAGGUGUUGCCGAUAGCCUGGAGGCAUCUGCCGAAAGACGCACCCAGGGCCUCCGAUUUCAUCUCCACACGCGACAGGAAGUGAAUUUAUCCAUCACGACUACCAGGAUGCAUGAACCACAAAUGUUUGUAGGUGAAGAGGGUUGGCAUCCAGAAAAUCAGAACCCGAGUCAAGUGAACGACCUCCAGCAGCACCAAGAACCAGAGAACGCGCGGCAUGAGGCGGGCCCUCGGGACGCUCCGAGUGACACAGGGGACCUUGAACUUCCCGGGGAAAGGCAGCAGAAACACGAAGUUGCUGACCGGGAAGCCACGAUGAGAGGCGGUCGUCUGCAGCAGGACGCGGGUCUUCCAGAUCCAGGGAAGGGCGCUCUCCCUUCAGGACGCUGUGGCCGCCCGGACUCAGAAACGCUUAUGGAAGUGGAUGCAGCCGAACAGUCGCUGGUUGCUGUGCUGAGUUCCAGUGUCGGGAACGGCAGCGCGUCUGGUCUCACUUUAGGGAAUCCCCUGAUGGAAGUAGAGCUACCAACGUGCAGCCCUUCGUCUGAGAUCCUGAAUGGUUCCAUCCCCAUUCAGGAUCUGCAGCCCCCAGAAGGUAGUGUGGAGAUGCCUGGGACAGACAGAGCAUACGGCGGCCGGGCCUCCUCCUCGAGUGUCUGCGGCAGCAGUCAGCCCCCUGCAGAGUCCGCAGAAGAAUCUUGUUCGUCUAUAACCACAGCCUUGAAAGAGCUUCAUGAACUUUUGGUCAUUAGUAGUAAACCAGCUUCAGAAGCUGCGUAUGAAGAAGUUACGUGUCAAUCAGAAGGAACAGCUUGGGGGCAGACGCGUGUUAACCCUUCUGAAAGAUGGACCGAAAGUGAGCGUCGUACCCAGGAUGAGGAGCGGCCACAGGUGUCGCAUGCCAUACCUGAAUGCGUGAAGACAGAAAAAUUAACAGACGCUUCACCUGACACCAGAAUAGAAGAUGGAGAAAAUGCUACCUUCCAGGGUCCAGGUGGUGGCCUGUCAACUGAUCACGGUGCCCCCAGAUCCAGGGGCUCGGUGCACGAGAGCCGUUCUGUCACUGUAACCUCAGCUGAAACAUCUAAUCAAUCACACCGCACCUUAGGUGUGGAAAUCUCACCCAGACUUUUAACAGGUGAGGGGGAUGCUCUCAGUCAGACUUGUGAGCAGACUAAGUCUUUGCUGGUUAAAGACUUGGGUCAGGGCACACAGAACCCAGCACCAGACAGGCCUGCGACCAGAGAAGACGUCUGUCGUGACGCUGCACGACCAUCUCUUGAAGUUGAAGCACCUCCCAGCCACUCGUCAGGUCCCUGCAUUCUCCCACCACUAGGCUUUCCUGCUGCUGAUAUUGACCGGAUUCUCCGUGCCGGCUUCACUUUGCAGGAAGCUCUUGGGGCUUUGCAUCGAGUCGGUGGAAAUGCAGACCUUGCACUUCUUGUUUUGCUAGCAAAGAACAUUGUAGUCCCUACGUAACUGUGGAAGGUGGGCUAGACCGUACUCCAUUCCCUUAAAAAAUGCUCUUUCUAUACACACAUAACACACACACACACACACACACACACACACUCACCACAUAUACAGUAUGUGUAGAAACCUGCAAGCAGAAUGUUGAGCCAGAUUUUUUUUUUAAAGAUUUUUUUCGGCCAAAGUAAUUUAUGAUCUCUUGUCUGAUGAAUUUGUCUUCUACUUGUUAAAAUUUGAACCUUUUUAAAUGUAUUGGCAGUAUGUGCAUACAGAAGCUUUUUAUUCUCAUUAAGAUGAUGUAUUCUGGAAUAAAAUGGAUGGUUUUGUGUAUAGCA